ACUCCACCCCAGCCAAAUCGAGGCGUGAUGAAAAGACUGCUGGGGACAGCCAGCAGAGCUCCCCCGCUCAUGUCAGGCGACUGCCUGUCAGCUGAUUUGACCAUCUCUAGGAAUGUCCAUACAGUAUAGGGAUUACAGUACAAUCAGAGUAGCCUGGAGGCCUGUACGACCUUGAAUUUGACGCAGCAAGUGACUCAUUCCGAGCCGAGACGACGCCGUUCUCAGGUCACUCAUUUGAUCCAGUUACUCGGUUUCAAGCUCCCAGUAAUAAGUUAAUACUGAGCACUCGCUCCUGCCGUUUUCGUUGGAGACGCAUUCUAGGUUCUUAUUCUUAUUGCAAUGAGCUACAGAGGAAUGGAAUUCUCGUUCUUAUCUGUGUGCUUCUGUCUGGCUAUUAUCUUCCAUCAAUCCUCGGCUGUAAGCGGAGAGACAUCCGUUCCAACUAUUCUGAACCUUGGAAGGAAAGAGAAAAUCGACCUUUCUGGAACGGUGCAUCGAGCGCGAAAGAUUGCACAGACUCCUCAGCUCGGAUGGAACAGCUGGAAUCACUUCCAAUGCCGGAUUACUGAAGGCAUUGUGAAAACCGCAGCGGACAAGCUCGUGUCAUCAGGACUAGUAGCUCUUGGAUACGUCUAUGUCAACAUAGAUGAUUGCUGGCAGGCUGACUCCCGAGAUUCAGAGGGUCGCCUGGUACCUUCUCCUGUCUGGUUUCCUUCGGGAAUCAAGGCGAUUGCGGACUAUGUGCACAGCAAGGGGCUCAAGCUGGGGAUCUACUCUGAUGCAGGGACUCGCACGUGUGAAGGCAAGCCCGGUUCACUUGGGCAUGAGGCCAUUGACGCCCACACCUUUGCUGAAUGGGGAGUGGACUACCUGAAAUACGACAACUGCUACAACGAUGGAACCCCAAACAAGUUGCGCUACACAGUCAUGCGCAAUGCACUGGAGGCCACAGGGAGGGACAUCUUCUUCUCCAUGUGUGAAUGGGGACAGGAUGACCCUGCUCUGUGGGCGUAUGACGUGGCAGACUCCUGGCGGACCACCGUUGACAUUGGGGACACGUGGAGAGCAUGAUUCGGAUUGCAGACCUUAACAACAAGUGGGCCAAGUACGCCAAGCCAGGCGGGUGGAAUGACCCCGACAUGCUGCAGGUGGGGAAUGGCGGCAUGAGAGAGUCGGAGUACCGCGUGCACUUCAGCCUCUGGGCCAUCAUGAAGGCGCCUCUCUUGAUUGGCUGCGACCUCUCUCGUGUAUCAAAUGCGACACUGCGCAUUCUGGGGAAUGAUGAAGUCAUUGCUGUUAACCAAGACCGGCUGGGAGUGCAGGCAAGGAAGGUGCAAGUCUCUGAGGACAGCCUCAUAGAGGUGAGAGAGGUCAGAUGGGCCCUUGCUCGCCUAGGGUGAGGGAGGUCAGAUGGGCCCUUGCUCGCCUAGGGUGAGUGAGGUCAGAUGGGCCCUUGUUCGCCCAAGCUGACUCUGAUGAUGCUGCAUGUGCUUGCAAGCGAGCUGGUCCUUGUGGCACUUCACAGCAACUACCUCAUGGGGCAGCACUAAUU